AUGAUGACUUCAAACCUCCUCUCCCGCCUCCUCCCCUCCAACCCCACCGGCCGCUCGAUUUACGAUGACCUCCGGGCCCAUGACGAAGCAUCUGAAUCAGACUUGGAGGAACACGCAGGCCUGGCUAUAGAUGAGGAGAAUCUCAGGUUUCAUGAUGACGAUCUUGGCAAUGCAGAUGCUUUGGAAGAUAGCCGCAUUACGACUGGAAGCACCGCGUUCCUGGCCGGUCAACGACAAACCCAAAACCAAGGAGCAGGGAAUGACUCGAGAGGCAAACCACAAGGCCGGCGAUCAAAAUGGAUUGCACAAUCUCCCAGGCUGCUCGAAGAGGAUGGGGAUGACGAUGUACCGGCGUCUUUGUUAAUAGAGGGGGACGAUAUGGCAGGUCCCCGUUCUCCAGCUCAACCACGCAUUAUACAAGGGGCGGCCAAGAGGAAAGAACCUGCAAUACCAGGCCCAUCAAAUAGAGAGACUCGGGCACAUUGGGAAGCUGCGCAGGCUCAACAAAGGCUACAUCAGGAUGACGACAACCCUCCCGCUGGGCCACAGCCAGUCCGACAAAACAUCGGACCAUUUUCCGGCAGUCCUCGAGAAAAGGCAAUGUGGCGAUGGAUAAACAUUACGAAUUUGGACAACUUUAUGAAGGAGGUCUAUGAUUACUAUACUGGAUCCGGACUUCGGUGUAUCACUCUCGAAAGAGCUCUCAGUCUAGCCCAAACGAUAUUUGUGGCAGUCUUCGUCACCUUUCUAACGCAGUGCGUUGAUUUCAAAGCUAUUCCCCAGAGCAGGAAGUUAUCCGAAGUCCUUGUGCCCCAGUGCACCAAGAACAUCUCGGGAAUGCCAAACGUUGCCAUUUGGCUCUUUACCUUGCAUGUCUUCUGGAGGGUUUACGAGCUCUUGAUUGAUAUUCCUCGUUUGAUACGCGUUCGCGAUUUCUAUUUGUAUCUUCUGGAAAUCCCUGAUACAGACAUGCAAACCAUCUCAUGGCAAGAUAUUGUUGGAAGGAUCAUGGCCUUGAGAGACGCCAACCCUGUUACGGUCGAAAAGAUAUCACCGUCGAAUCGAAAGUACCUCGGUAGUCAAUCGAAGCAAAGAUUAGAUGCACAUGAUAUCGCCAAUAGACUGAUGAGAAAGGAGAACUAUCUCAUUGCGUUGUUCAACAAAGAGAUAUUAGACUUGACGCUGCCUUUGCCGUUUUUGCAAGGCCGUCAGCUGUUUUCGAGAACUCUGUUAUGGAACCUGGAUUGGUGCAUCAUGGACUUGGUAUUCAACGAAACCGGCCAAGUCAGGCAACUGAUCCUGAAGGAUUCCCAUCGAAGACAGUUGAGUGAUGGCCUGCGGCAGCGGUUUUUGUUCGCCGGUUUCAUGAAUGCCCUAUUUGCACCCAUCAUUGUUAUCUACCUUAUGAUUGUGUAUUUUUUGAGAUAUUUCAACGAAUAUCAAAAGAACCCAUCUAAAAUCGGUUCACGGCAAUACACACCCUUAGCCGAAUGGAAGUUCAGAGAGUUUAAUGAGCUUCAUCACCUAUUCCACAAGCGGAUAAACAUGUCAUACCCAUUUGCAUCACGAUAUCUUGAUCAGUUCCCGAAAGUCAAAACCGAGAGGUGUGCGAGGUUUGUUGCGUUCGUUUCUGGAGCCAUUGCGUCGGUCCUUUUUCUGGUCUCCAUUUGGGAUCCCGACAACUUCUUGAGUUUCGAAAUCACCCACGACAAGUCUGCCCUUUUCUAUCUUGGGGUGUUUGGUGGCCUGUGGGCUCUUGUAAAUGGGACGAUCCCUGAGGAGAAUCUGGUGUUCGAGCCCGAAUACGCAUUGCGUCAGGUCAUUGAGUACACCCACUACAUGCCAAAUCACUGGCAGGACCGACUUCACAGCGACGAAGUCAAGAGGGAAUUUGCCACUCUCUAUCAGUUGAAGAUCGUCAUCUUCCUCGAGGAGGUUUUCAGCAUCAUUAUUACCCCGUUCAUUCUCUGGUUUAGUCUGCCAAAUUGCAGCGACCAGAUCAUAGACUUCUUCAGGGAGUUCACUAUUCACGUGGAUGGAGUUGGAUACGUAUGCUCUUUUGCAGUCUUUGACUUCAAAAAGGGUGCUGGUAGAAAGGGGGGGCUGCAUGGCGGCGGAAACGCCGAUGUACGAGACGACUACUAUUCAACAAAGCAUGGCAAGAUGGCUGCUUCAUACUAUGGAUUCUUGGAUAAUUACAUCUUCAAUCCGAAGACUGCUGUUCAGGGUCACAUACCUCCUGGGAUGCGCCACCAAUUCCAUCCUCCGCCCGCCUUUCCCGGACUCAUGUCACCCACUCUGGCUGCAGAGAUGCAGACAUCUAGACUGGGACGCAGUGAGAGACUCCCGGGAAGCCGGGCGCCAAUUGGCAGACCACCACGGACCCCAAGAUUCCCGCCUGCUAGAGCACACGAAUCACCAAUGCAAUCGAUCCUGCUUGAUCCUCAUCAUCAGCCUUCGAAUUCAGGCUUUGGGGCUCGCAGCGGGCGACGCAAUUCCCGGUCCCGGUACCAGACACGACGCAAUAUUAUCGAGGAACCCAUUGAAGAUGAGGACGAAUCCGGGGUUGGUAGAGGUGGUGACUCGGGAGGUGCGUAUGAGAGUGAGACUGGGCUUGAUGAGUCUAGAUGGGAGGUGUCACCCACGAGAAACGCGCCCAAAGAUGCCGAAGAGGAAGAGUUAGACAAUGGGCCUACUGGAGGGGGAGUGCUUGGGUUGCUGUAUCAAUUUCAGAAAGCACAAACGGACGGCAGACCAGGUGUUAAUAUUUGA